UUUUGUGAUUAUGUUGAAUCAAGUCUUCGAGAAAAGCUUCAGAAUGAACUGGAAAAAUUGGAAGAUGUUGAAUAUAUUCAUAUUAACCCGUUAAAAUUGUUAGAUUCUGAAGAUUGCCCUAAAAGUUUGAUAGAAAUGAAUAAAAAGUUGGAGGAAAGUUUGUGCAGUAUUUGGGUAGCUGGUUUAGAGCAAAAAGAAAACGAAAUUAAAGAAGAGUUUAAAAUGAAAUUAGCCAAUUAUCAGAAAAAUUUGAAAGAAAAUUUUGAGAUGGAAACUAAAGAAGUUUCAAAUGAUUUUGUGCUUGGCUUUAAAUAUUUGAAGAGAACUGAGUUGGAAAAUAUUAUUCCAAAAAGAGGAAAAAAGAAAGGAGGAGAUUAGUAAAGAUGUAGAUAGUUGGAUAUCAUGUUGGAUAUGAAAGGCAUGGAGCUCUUUUAUUGG